AUGUUUGGCAGUAGUGCGUUCGGCGGUGGUGGUUUUGGCAGUGGCGCGGUUGCUCCUAAGAAUCCCAAUACGAACAAUAGUCAUGAGGUCGCCCAGUCCCCUGGUGAUACUGUCAGCGAACUCGCAUGGUCCCCCGCGGCUAACAUUCUGGCCGCUGCAUCGUGGGAUAAGCAAGUGAGGAUAUGGGAAGUCACGACACAGGCCAGCACGAGUGCCUUUGGAGGCUCCUCGGGUUCCAAUAGCAUUCAAGCGACACCGAAACUGGCGUAUGGUCACGAGGCGCCGGUGAUGUCGUGCUGUUUCACGAAGGAUGGGGCGAAUGUGAUAUCAGCUGGAUGUGAUAAUAAGGUGAAGAUGUAUAACCUUCAAGCACAGCGAGAUCAACAGAUCGGACAACACGAUGCACCGGUAAAGAAGGUUGUAUGGGUAGAGGAGAUGAAGAUGUGCAUCUCUGGGUCGUGGGACAAAUCGUUGAGGUUCUGGUCACCUGGUCAGCCCAACCCAGUGGCGACCUUGCAGCUUCCUGAACGUCUAUAUGCCAUGGAUUGCAA